GUUAAAAACAAAUUAGAUUCGAAACCGACAACAAACUUGCACCAUCUGCAGAGCAAGUGGACUAAUUUGUAGAAAAUACAGUCGUCCCAGUUUAUUUAACUAGAUCCGUUUAUUUAUAUGCAUGAUAUUUACGCUAAUGAUCAGUGUGAAAGCAACCAACCUAAAACAAGAUUAGUUUAGUGAAGUGGUGAAAUUUGAUACCAACCAUUCGUCCAAGGUCAGCCAAACGGUGGGGCAAACAUCUGCUUGCAGUCCUGCGAUGUCCCUUGCCACAUUGGAAAGUGCCUUCUGUGAACCACCGAUCGGUGCGAUGAUGGAAACUCCGGGAAAGAAGCGCAAGCGGAAUGCGGAAACGAAUCCAUUCCUUAAUUUUACCGAACAAACGUUCAGCAUCCCUUCGUCGACGCCGAUCCACAAUCGGCAGAUCGAUAGCAGUGCCUUCGAGAAUCCGUCCUUCCGGGUGGCGAACAAAGAGAACUACAAUCUGUUUUCCGACUCGUGCAUGGAGGUGAAGUCGAUUGCGGAUCUGGCCGGUGCAACCAAGCGCCCGAAAGCGAACACGCCCGACACGUGCAACCCGUUCGAGGUGAUACGCAAACCGCCGAAGAAAAAGAAGAAACAGAUGCACCCGGCCGCUACGGCACCGCUCGAGGAGAGCUGUUUCGAGAAUCCCGGUUUGAAUCUGGCCGCCGCCGAUAAGCAACCGGUAAACCCGUUCGAGGUACCACGCGAUGGAGACGAAAGCAAACGCAAGGAGGCGGAAGAGUUGAGCCGCUGCUUCGUCAACAGUGCGCUUAACAUUCGCGGGACAGAGAAGGGAACGGAACGAUACAAUCCGUUCGAGAUCGUGCGCCCGAAAGAGGCGGCCCCGGAGGCACCACCAGGCAGCCGGGGGCUGCCGGUACCGGAACUGGCUGGCAUUGAGAAUCCUGCGAUGGAGAUGCCGCAGUACGCUAUUGCCAUUCCGUUCACACCAUCACUGAAGCAUCGUAUCAAUUUCCAGGAGCUGCCGCCCAGUGCCUUAACACCGUGCCAAAUGCUGGCCAACAUGGUUGUUUGCAGCCCCGAGCCGACGAAGGCGGCAUCCGGCUAUGGGGGAGAUACGCUGAACAGGAACGUAACGAUCACGCUGACCAAACGACGGUCCCUAUCGGUCAUCAGCGAAGAGUCGGACAUCGGUGAGAAGUUGGACUGCUACCAGCUGGAACUGGAGAACAGCAUCAACGAAGCGAAGGCAAGAAAGCAGCGGCAGGGCGAAACAACCCCGUUCACGUUCAGCGGAACGGGCCAUCGGCGUCGAUCGGUCAGACGCAGCUUGAUCGACAUGAAGCACAUCAGCAAUCUGUCCCAGCGGCUGCACGAGCUUGAUGACGACGAGAGCGACUUUACCAAGCUGGAGGACGAUGCGAAGGUUCCGGAAGCUGCGGUGGAUCAGGAGCAUGAUGAGGAUGAGGGGGAGGAGGAGGAGGAAGACAAAGAAAAUAGAAAACCGGCCACACCGGUAGCGAUCGGUAAGGAACUGAACAGCAAAAUUGAUGAGACUGAUACAACCGAAACGCACGCAGAAAUGCCCCACUGCAACCAAAUGACGUUCACCAUUACCAAAGAAACGACGGUGCGGGAAGAGAUCCGUAUCGACGUGUCCAACCCGGACGUACAGUUCGAGGAGGUGGAAGACUUCGAAGACGAAGAGCAGGACGUAGAGCUGCUACACAAUCCGGCACCGUUUCAGCGCGCGUACCGCAAGAAAGAGCCGCUCGCGGACAAGCCGUCGGAAGCAAUCGCCGCAUCCGAUGAGUUCAAGCAUCCGGCACAGAUCGGUGGCCAGGUGGCGGAGGGAGAAGGAGCACGCGAAGCUGGUGCACCGGUGAAAUCACACAAAGUGCGUGACGUUAUACGCCGUAGCUUCCGUCGAUUGAUACCGCGCGGACAGGCGGCAAACACGGACGAACCGCUUAAAGAAGGGGAAGAGAAACAACCAGCGUCGCAGCGCGAUGGGGAAGGUCACGGGCUAAUUUCUACCAUCCGGCACAGCUUAAGGCGCCGCCAGACCGCCAAAGCCAAACCGACGACGGGCGAGGAAGAGAACGUCGUCGUGGCUGAAUCGAAGCAACCCGAGCAAGCCGGCGAAUCGGUGCUGGAAAUGUCCAUCAUUGCCGAGCAGCCGCGUGCCGUGUUCCGGCAGCCGUCGCUGGACCAGUACAAACCGAUUGCGGCCGCUCCAUCCGGCGGGGGCACGUUACGGAGCAGUUUGCGCCGCUCGACCAAGGACAUCCGGAAGCAGAUGAUGAAGUCGGUGUUUCGCAAGCAGUCCGGCGAUUUGGACGGCGAUCAUGGCCAGCAUGUGGGACAAUUGAUUUAAAUGAAGAAGGCUUCGAGGGAAGACUGAAGGCGCAACCUGACAUUACCAUUUUUUAUCAUUAUUAUCGCUUUUUUAUUAUUAUUAUUAUUAUUAUUAUUAUUAUCGUUAAGCACAGCACCAAAUCCCAGUUUACCAAAAGAAACAGUAAUCACGCGUUGUUCUACAAAAAGAACCAAAGAAAGCUUUUUUGAGCGAAUUUUAAUCAAGCAAAAGGCAGCAAUUUGUUGGAAAUUUACCAUUUUCACAUAACUUUUAUUUAAUUUUCUUCCAUCACUCGGAAACAAGCUGCAGUUUUACGUUUAAUUUUAAUCGCGGACACGAUUUUCUCAACUCAGUUGCACCAAAACAUUUAAUCUUGCUUAAAUUAUUAUAAGUUAUGCUUCGUAGUAGUGUAAGUUUGCAAAGGUUAUUACAACCUUGUUUUAUCUGCUUCUUUUGUGGCACAACUUAACCGAUCAGUGUGUUAUUAUGAUUGUAUUUUUAAUAUUAUUCGAAACAAUGUUACUUAAACUCAUGCAAGCGUUUCCAUUAUUGUCGG